GUGUAUGCAGAAGGAAUAAGAGCCAGGGCUCAACAGCCUUGUGCCCACCCAUGGAGACCGUGGAGCCUAUACCCAUGUGGGCUUUGCCCCCUGGCAUGAAGCUGGAUGAUCCUUCUUUGAUCCCCAUGAUUGUGGAGCAGGUGCCUUGCUCCGAACUGCUGAGUUUCUGCUCAACAGGGUUCGAUCGAGAUGAACUUCCCAGUGCUAUCUUGGUGAACCAGAACCUGGCACUGUUGGAAGGGCAGUUUGUGGAGGGAGGCCUUCUGCUAUCAGGGAUAGAGGUUGCUGACUCAAAGAACAUGAAUGAGGAGGGACUCUCCAUGCAGAAUAAUGAAGUUCCUGAGGUGCCUUCUGUGAGAAAACAGCCACAGGAAGUCCAGAAGGCAGAAGCACCCCAUUGUCCCAUACCAGUCAGUGAGCCCAACUUUCACAUCCGGAAGAAGUCCAAGGAUGGCAAAGUGAAUAAUAACAUCUGCCUUUGGGAGUUCCUGCUGGCUCUCCUGCAGGACAAGAACACCUGUCCCAAGUACAUCAAGUGGACCCAGCGUGAGAAGGGCAUCUUCAAGCUUGUAGACUCCAAGGCCGUGUCAAAGCUGUGGGGGAAGCUGAAAAACAAGCCGAAUAUGACCUAUGAGACCUUGGGACGAUCACUGAGGUAUUAUUAUCAGAAGGGCAUCCUCUGCAAGGUAAAGGGGGAGAGGCUGGUGUACCAGUUCAAGGAGAUGCCCAGAGAGGUAGUAUUAACUGAUGAUUCUGAGCCUGAAGAUCCAAUGAUCACAGAGGACCCCAAGACCCUCUCUAGCCUGGCAGGUGAAGGAUCCUCCAAGGAAGGCCGUCUGAGUGGGAGCAGAAAGGCCAGGCCUGCAGCCUAUGUCAAAAAAGAGCCUGGAUGUUGCUGCUGUCCUCCCAUUUCCUGGCCUCCCUCCUAAGGCCAAGGAACUCUGGCUUCCACCACGGGGACUUGUUUUCAGCAGUAUUCACCUAUAAGAGUCUCCAGUGAGUGGGAGCCGUACUAGGUCGAAAGAGCCAACCCUU